AUUUAAACUCGAAACUCCACGUCGCCUCUCCAGGUUUUUCAUAUUGUCCAAACAUCAUGAGGUUGUCAUUGUCGCUUCUUUUCGCGGGACUGUUGGCUGGCGUCAGUGCCUCUAACGUUGUGGAACUCAACCCGGACAAUUUUGACAGUGAAAUCGGCAAGGGGAAGCCUGGUUUAGUUGAAUUCUUUGCCCCUUGGUGUGGUCACUGCAAGAACCUCGCACCCACGUACGAGCAGCUUGCAGAUGCCUUUGCACACGCAAAGGACAAAGUGGUUGUCGCCAAAGUCGACGCUGAUGGCGUCGGCAAACCUUUGGGGCAAAAAUACGGUGUCACUGGAUACCCCACUUUGAAGUGGUUCGACGCGAAUGGCAAUAUCGAGCCUUACGAUGGCGGCCGCGACUUUGAUGCCCUUGCUUCUUUCAUCACCACGAAGUCUGGUGUGAAAUCGAACAUCAAGCCCCCACCACCCCCUGAAACUUUGAUCCUUGACGUUCAUACCUUCGAUAACGUUGCAUUGGACGAAACAAAAGACGUUCUUGUCACAUUCACCGCGCCAUGGUGCGGACAUUGCAAGAGCCUCAAGCCAAUUUAUGAACAAGUUGCAAUUGACUUCAAACCAGAGAGCAACUGCGUUGUUGCCAACAUUGACGCCGAUGCACAACCAAACAAGGAGAUUGCUGGUCGCUACGGAGUGUCAUCUUACCCUACCAUUAAGUUCUUCCCUCGUGGCGGAAAGGAAGUUGAGGCCUAUGAAGGCCCGCGCACUGAACAAGCCUUCGUUGCUUUCCUCAACGAGCGCUGUGGAACUCAGCGCGCCGUUGGCGGCGGUCUUAACGAUGAGGCCGGUCGUAUUGCCGAACUUGAUACCCUUGCCCAGAAAUUCUUGGGCGCUGCUGGUGACGCUCGUGCUUACAUUUACAAGGAAGCUUUGACGCUCUCUGGAUCGCUCGGCGAGACGGCAAAACACUACAUCCGUAUUAUGGAGAAGGUCGUAAACGACCGUGAGUCCUAUAUCGAGAAGGAAUCUAAGCGCCUCGCUUCUAUUCUCAGCAAGCGCACGAUAUCACCUGCUAAGCUCGAUGAGAUUAAGAUAAAGGCCAACGUCCUGAGCGCAUUUGUUGUUCAAAAGCUGGAGGAGGCACAGGAGAAGGUUGAGAGUGUCAUCGGUAGAGCUACGGCUGAGCUUUGACGUUUGCACGUUUGAUCAUAUCGUAAGAGUGAAGGACCCACACAUUUUGUUAAUCUGUAUGCCGCAUCUAUAUAAUCUGAGUUUCACGUCCACUGGCCGGGAAUACUGCCCCCGUGGCCUCCGUGGGCCUCCAAUCCAGGCUGCGGUGAUUUCCAC